AUGAUCAAGGAGCUUCCAAGGAGCAUCACACGGAGGAAUCCGCAGAAUUACUUCCUUUAAAACAGAGAGUCGAUGUAGCCGUCUGCAGCGGCAGUCUUUCAAACAGCGUCGAGGGGCUCACCCAACAUAUAAGACAACGCAUGAACGAAGUAGUAAGGACCGUAAGAUUCGAGACACUGCCCUACAACAUCAGGGAUAUGAACAGGUUUGAUCUGACCGGUAUAGAUGUUCUGCUUCUGUGUCACUCCAUACAAAACAGACGAUUCUCUAUUACUGAUGUCACUGAUUCUAUCUACGACGGCUUCUUACAGCGCGCCAGAAAAACCCUCGGAAAAAGUAAAGUUGGAGUCAUCGCUCACGAUUUUUCAGAAGGUGACCUUUCACCUGAAAACCUUCUAUCCAAGAUGGAGUCAUUCCGGUACAACCAACAUACCACGUUCGAAUGUGCAUCCCUGGCUCUGAUUGGUGGAAAGCUCGGCGAAGGGGAUGUCCAACUGACAGAUGAUCAACUGGAAGAACUUGAGCAGUUCUUUAUCAAAGCCUCUUCCCCACCAGUUGAAGAAAAAGUAAUAGUUACCACGAGAAGGUUCUUUCAUUGUUUAACAUGCCUUUUAUUUGAGUAAAAUGGACGGACAAUAAAGUUAGGUUACGCGACGACUCUACCCGACGCGAUGGAAUGGAACAAGCCCUACUGCUCUAUCUCAAAGGUAGUUUUCACAACUAAGGGAGAGUUUUCGCAUCUGCAACGGGGACAGAUUCAAGAACACAGUAAAUCUAUUGAAAAUGCCCGUCAAAUGACAAAGUACAGCUGGAAGGUCUUUGUCGAAAAUUGUUGAACCGGAGCAGCAGUUUCGCCAUAAUUGUUUUGGAGCUGACAAAAGAAAAUGCAUAUAGGUAGUUUGCCCAGAGUCCAGGACGAAACUGCUGUUAUGAUUCACCUGAAUUCGGCAAAGACUUCUCGUUGUGCUUUGGCAUGAAGAUCAUUUGAAAAUGCAUUUUCUAUGUUCUUGAAUCCAUCGUGCAAUGUGGAAACGAAAACUCUUUGUUAUCUAUUGACGGGGAUGGAUGUUGAGAUGAAGGGCGUCAAAGUCAGUGAUUUACAAACGAUUCUUUGUGCUACCAAUAAAAAAAAAAUGGGAGAGAAGCAAGCAUUCUUUUCUUUAUUAUUAGUCACCUUAUUAUUGGUCACCUUUAUUUCAUUAUGCUUAUCGAGCAAAAGUUAGUGCACACAAAUUUGUUGACCUGGUCUUUUGUUAACGCGUAUUUUAAUAUAGUUCUACACAAGUUCCACCAUCAUAAUAUUUGUCUUUUUAAAGCAAAUUGUUAUUUUUCGUUAACUCUUGAAUUCUUAAGAGGAGGAGGAGGAGAAGAAGAAGAAGAAGAUGAAGAAGGGAAAGAAAGGGAGAACGAAGAAGAAGAGGAGGAGGAUAAAAUGAGUCAGAAGAAACCGAAACGAGUUUUUAUAAUGCGGUGGAAAUAAUUUUGUUGACUUACACUUUUGUAUAUUUAUCUUUAUAGAUUUACGGAUAUAUAGGCCUGGUUCUGCAAUAAUUAUACGAAACAUUAUAUUGAUCCUAUACAGUU